GGUCUCUGUGGCGGCCGCAGUCCGGCUGCGCGUUGACUUUAUGAAUUACUUGUUGAAUUAUGUCCAAAUUGUCGGCGAGACGUUGGUUGAGCCCGGUGCUCCCCGCACGGCAGCCGCUGCGCUGCGCUGCGGCUGAAUGUAGGUCACCACCCCGCGCGCCCCGCGGGCCAGCACCUCUCUGGAUCUGCUGACAGGGGGAGUCUCACUUCCUCCCUCCGACAGGACAGGUCUCCUGCUCUUCCCAGUGAAGAAGGCGCCGAGCGAGGGAGAACAUGCGCCCUCGUUGUCAUGCGCUGAAGUAGAUCUCUCAGCUCGACGCGAGACACCGGCGAUGCGGGCCGGAGGCAGGACGGAGCUGUGGGACCGGGCCGCCGCCGCCUGCGUCCUGACGCUGAGUCUCGGCUGUUUGCACGUGAUCGCCCUCAAAUCCCAACUUUUCCCCGGGCUCGUCCCCCGGGCCGCCGGGCCGCCCAUCAACUACAAAACUCUUUACUUUGAUCAGAAGAUUGAUCACUUUGGAUUCCUGGAGGAUGGCACGUUCAAACAGAGAUACCUCGUGGCUGACAAACACUGGGAGCAGCCUGGAGGACCUGUUUUGUUCUACACUGGCAAUGAGGGAGACAUCACCUGGUUCUGCAACAAUACUGGCUUCAUGUGGGAAGUUGCGGAGGAGUUGGGCGCCAUGCUGGUUUUUGCAGAGCAUCGUUACUAUGGAGAAUCUCUGCCUUUUGGACAAGACUCUUAUAGCGACAGCAAACACUUGAACUACCUGACGUCUGAGCAAGCCCUCGCUGAUUUUGCAGUGCUGAUUCAAAACCUGAAGAGCACUCGACCCGGAGCGGAACACAGCCCUGUCAUCGCCGUCGGAGGCUCCUACGGAGGGAUGCUCUCUGCCUGGUUCCGGAUGAAAUACCCCAAUAUAGUUGUGGGAGCGCUGGCAUCCUCCGCACCGAUAUGGCAGUUCCCUGGUAUGGUGCCAUGUGGAGACUUCUACAAAACAGUAACCCAGGACUUUGCCAGAAGUGGCUCUCACUGCGGUGCCAACAUUAGAAAGUCAUGGAAGGCUAUUAAUAAUGUCUCUUCCACUGCAUCUGGUCUUCAGUGGCUGUCAGAAGAAUUCAGUUUGUGCACCCCUCUCAAAAACAAGAUGGAUUCCGUCAGCUUCAAGAACUGGCUCCAGGAGACGUGGGUGAAUCUGGCGAUGGUGGACUACCCCUACGAAGCCGACUUCCUCCAGCCGCUGCCUCGCUGGCCCAUCCAGGUGGUGUGCAAGUAUCUUGGUUUCUAUUCUACUGUCUCCGACUACCAGCUACUGCACGGUGUCUCCAAGGCAGCAAAGGUCUACUAUAACUACACCGGCAGCUCCUCCUGUCUGAACACAUCGCAGACAGCGACUGGCAGCCUCGGUUCCCUCGGCUGGACGUAUCAGGCCUGCACAGAGAUGGUAAUGCCCAUGUGCACGGACGGCGUCCAGGACAUGUUUGAACCCGAGGAGUGGAACUUCCAGGCCUUCUCUGAUGAGUGUAACGCAAUGUUUGGCGUCAGGCCACGGGCUGACUGGGCAGGCGUGGUCUACGGGGGGAAGGACCUCGCCGCUCACAGCAACAUCAUCUUCAGUAACGGAGGACUCGACCCGUGGUCGGCUGGGGGAGUGACCCACAACAUCACGGACUCUCUGGUUUCUGUGAUGAUCCCCGACGGAGCACAUCACUUGGACCUCCGCUACAGCAACGACUUUGACCCUCCUUCGGUCCGAGCGGCCCGGGCGUUAGAGGUGGGGUAUUUUCGGCAGUGGAUCCGUCAGGCUAGAAAGGCACGUCCAAAAAAGUCAACGCCCUAGCGUUACCAGACUGGGAUAUAUCCGUGACAUGUAAGAUUUAGCUUUAAGUUGGGUGACAUGGUAUUUCACACGGUGCUCUCUCUCUCUGUCAUCAGGCCAAAUUGGUCCUUUUUAAAUCAGUGAUGGCGUUUUUUAAUUAUUUUUUUUUACAUUAAAUGAAUCCAAUGAAUGAAUAGUAUUUAAAGAUAUCAUUACUCUUGAUUUUAAAAACGAUGCCAAUCAAGUGUUUUUCUAAUCUCUUAGCCAUGUUCGGUGCUGGAGCAUCAGACUACAAUUUGUCUACCUUCAGCCAAACUAUUUCUCAAAAGGGCUUUGAGACAGAAAUGUGCUGUAGUCCGAGCCAAAAUGAGAUCUGUCAGUGAAGUAACAAUGAUUGAUCACAAUUUAUUGCUGUAAAUAUCUUAGUUGAUUCAUGUCAUGCUAUCAUCAAAUGAUUAGAUCAUCCUUGUUUUGUUUUUUUCUGAAGUUUGACAAAACCCUUUAAGGCCUCUCUGCCUCCACGCUCCUGUUUUCUUUCUUCCUGUCAGCGCUUCGAUCGGCGCUACGUUUCCUGUGAGUCACGCCUUUUAUGUCAUUCUUGUCGCUUUGCGUCGUCGUCACAAAUUGUCACCUCAGUUUUUUUCUUUCUUGUUGAUUAGCCAUUGUUGUUAUUCGGCCGAAUUUGUUCUUGUGACUGUAAUACGCUUCUUUACACUUCAAUACAUAAGUCUCAGGAGAAAAGUUGUCACCAAAUACUAUAUAAAGAAAAUACUUUUUGCUAAGAUUUCCACAUUACAGAUAUUGAGUAUGAUGUGGUCGUUCACAGAAGAACAGUGCCUUUCCCUUUUUUCAAGUUUUCUAUGUAUGUCUUAGUUUAAAUCAAUACACCCACCACUGAAAAGGAUUAAAAAGCCAAGAUUGAUAUUGUUA